AAAUAGCAUCAUAGAAGGCUGUAUUCUCUCACCUUCUCCAUCAGAAAAGCAUGUGUCCUUCUUGGGGCACUGAAAACCAUGGAUGGACUGAAACUGCUGUGAACCUCUGCCAAAGAUGCAAAAUGAAAACCUCACGUUCUACCUACUUUUUCAACCAAAUUUGGACCUAAGGAGUCUCAAUUUCCUCAGACCUGGGGCCCAAAGCAUUUGCUAUGGCACAUGUUACAGCCAUUCCUGUCCUGCUGAUAUUAAGCCUUUUCCAGCAUAAGACACUGCUUUCCACAAUCCUGGCAAGUGAGCAAGAAGACAUAAAGGAUGCACUUAGGCUACAUAAUGUUCUGUGGACCACCAAGAACGAUUCAAGAGUUAUUUUGUCCUGGAACAAUAACGUGACAAAAGAAGAAACCAAGAAAUACACUGUGAAGUAUAUUUUGAUUUAUAAGUUCUUCAAUACCACUAAGGAAAGGAAAGAAAGACUGCAGGAGAAGGAAAAAAUAAUACAUCUUAAAUUACAUUCUGGUUUUAAUGCUAAAGUUAAGACACAACUUUUUGCAAAAGAAACAGAAGACAUAAUUAAGGAGAGUGACUGGACAGAAUUUACUUACAAGGCACCUCCAGUCUACAUUCAGAAUCUUUCGUGCAUCAUAUAUAACAUUUCUUUCUUCAACUGCACCUGGCACAUCAAAGCAGAAACUCCUGAAGAUAUCCAGAUCUUUACCUCAUACAGGCAUGCAGGAAAAGUUUUUGCAUGCCAGCAAUAUAUAAAAAAUACAAGGAAGAAAAAUAUUGGAUGCCAUAUGAAAGAAAUAUAUUUCCAACCAUCAAGGAAAAUAAAUUUAAAUAUAACUGUGAGAAAUUUGAGAAAUAGUUCAAGAGGACUGUCUUAUUACAAAGCUUUCACACCUCAGAUAAUAGAGAAGCUGAACCCACCAAUCAACGUCUCAGUUUCCCUUGAAAACAGAAGUAUUAAAAUUCACUGGAAACCUCCACCUACUAUUGGCUCAGCAAAGAAAAAAUGUUUUUUGUACCAAGUGAAAAUAACAGAUCACAAGAUUGUAAAUGUCACUGCAGAGAACUAUAAGUAUCCAUUUCAUAAGCCAGCAAAAAAAUGUGCAGCACAAGUGAGGGUAAAGAAAGAAAUUUGCAUAGCAAACAAGAUCUGGAGUGAAUGGAGUGAACCAGUAUUUAUUCACGAUGAAAAGACAGUGGAUAUCCUGCUGCUAAGCCUCGGAUUGUUUUGUCCUCUGGUUUUCCUUGGAGGUUUGCUGAUAUAUGCAUGUAGAAGGUAUAGAUGUCUGGAAGUCAUAACCACGCCUGUUCCAUGUCCUUCAGAUAAUAUCAAAACGUGGUUAGCAGAUGAGACUCACCACCAGCAACGUAUGUCAAUGCAAAUGGAGAUGCACUCAGAGGUUACUCUGGGAACAACAGAAGAGAACAGAGAUGAAAAUAUUCAACUACAUGUUUGAAAGAAUUUGUGUUAGAAGACUUAUAGAGAUGAUAUGCCUUUUUUAUCUGCAUGCAAGUGUACCUUGUACCUUUCCAUGAGGUAUACAAUAUUCUAACAGAUCAAAGAACAGCUGAUGUGGGAGUUUGUCUGAGCCAAAUAA